AUGUCGUCCAACCUUGUUGCCCUGAUCCUCGGAGCCGGUCCCCGUGUCGGCGCGUCCGUGGCCCAAAGCCUAGCCAGCAAAGGCUACCAAAUCGCGGUUGUCACCAGAAAUGGUACUGGAGCUAAGACAAGCGAAGGAUAUCUUUCCCUCCAAGCGGACUUUGCCGAGCCCGAUUCCAUCCCGGCACUCUUUGAGAAAGUCAAGGCGGAGUUCAAGGCUCCCCCGAGCGUUGUUGUCUACAAUGCUGCAAGUCUCACACCGCCUCCAGACGAGCAAUCCGUUCUCUCGAUCCCGGCGGAGCGGGUGACUAUUGACUUGAAUAUCAACACCGUCAGCGCUCACGUCGCAGCCCAGGAGGCCGUUAAAGCGUGGGAAACUCUCCCCGGGGAUGUCAAGAAGACAUUUAUAUAUACUGGAAACUUGCUGAACAAAAGCAUCCUGCCAAUGCCGCUCUUUUUGAAUUUGGGUGUCGGAAAGUCUGCCUCGGCGUACCUCAUUGGCACGGCAGACGCUCUUUACGCAGACAAGGGCUAUCGGUUUUUUUAUGCCGGUGAACGCAAGGAAGAUGGAAGUGCCGCCAGUUCUGCGCUUGAUGGACCUGCUCACGGGACCUUCUAUGCCAGCCUGGCUAACCAUGAAGGAAAUAUCCCCUGGGACGCGACCUUUGUCAAGGGCAAGGGAUAUGUCAAGUUCGAAUGA